UUUUCCAAAAAAGAAAUCAAUCUUCUAACAACAUUACUACAAAAUGUCGAUCACUCCAAGCAUCUUUGGUAGCCGAAGAAGUAGCAUUUUUGACCCAUUUUCACUCGACCCAUUCAAAGGCUUCCCAUUUCUAUCUCCAUCUGAUGUUUCAAGGGAAACCUCUGCUUUGGUGAAUACACGCGUAGAUUGGAAGGAAACGCCGGAGGCUCAUGUUUUCAAGGCUGAUCUUCCAGGGAUCAAAAAAGAGGAAGUUAAAGUUGAGGUUGAAGAUGGCAGGGUCUUACAGCUCAGCGGGGAGAGGAACGUCGAAAAAGAAGAUAAGAAUGAUAAAUGGCAUCGUGUUGAACGUAGCAGUGGCAAGUUUACAAGGAGGUUCAUAUUGCCGGAGAAUGCUAAAAUAGAUCAGGUGAAAGCAGCCAUGGAAAACGGAGUGCUGACAAUUACUGUGCCAAAGGAACAAGUGAAGAAGCCUGAUGUUAAAUCUAUUGAUAUCUCUGGUUAAAAGUAAAUGAUCUAUGUUUUUAUGAAUUUUAAGUGUGUUAAAUCUGUUGAAAUGCAAUGCAAAUUUGGAUAAUAAACUUUGCUUUUAACAAA